AUGGGCAUCAUGGCACGAGAUCCCGCUGUUGUCUCAGACGACGACUACGAAGUCGAGGACAUGUACUUCACCUACCGUCCGCUGUCGAACCUCCCCACACCACCGCUGUCCUCGCGAAACUCUUCAGCCGACCACAGCCCCAAGGUUUCUUUCGACGAGCUUGACGCCGAGCUGCUCCAGGACAAGUACUUCGGCCCUGCCGUCCAUCUUAUCAACCUCGUCCCCACCUCCGCAUCUCUCCGCACGCCCUCCACCAGUGCUGUCCAAUCGCUCCUUGCACGCACCGCCCUGCCUCUCGAGUCGAUCGCCCUCGCAUCCUGCAUCCUCGACUCUCUCAACUCCAAGUUUGCCCUCUCCUGGCGCCUCUCCUGCCCGCUCAUUGCCGAUCCCAGCCUGUCGCCCAGCAAGCGCCACUCUCUCGCGGGGCCUUUCUUCCAGCAGCGCCAGAUGCACAUCGACUCUGUCCAGCCUGAGCUCAUCGUUCUUGCUGCACUGGUCAUUGCCGCCAAGUUUACCGAGGACCAGCAAGACUCCACUGCAUACUACUGUGCCUCGUGGGGCCGCAACAUUUGGUCCUGCGAGCAGCUCAAUGUCACGGAGCGUUGCAUCUGCGAGAACCUCAACUGGCGCAUUAAGCCACUUGUUGACGACGAGGACCUGAUUACCGAGACGCUGGUCGAUAUGCAGCUCGCCGCGCGCACUACCGGCCUGCCCAACGACCUGUGCAGAAGAACGCGGGUGACGGAAGCGGCCACAGCAAAAGCAAGAGUAUGA